GUAAGAACUAAGAUAUACGGUGACGAAUACGCCGUGUGUAGGACUUCGUCUUUGGGUGAAGGAAAGGGAAUCAAAGAUGUAUAAAUAACGACUUUUACCAGCUAUGCUUUCAAAUGAGACACCAGCAACUCACUGCUUUUGAGCCUCACCCAAAACCUUCGUUUCAUCAUGAAGCUUAGUGCAACCACAAGCUCACUGCUAGCUGCAGCCACUGCCACCACGGCACUUGCUCAGUCCCAAUGCCCGAUUGUCUGGGAUGACCCCAGGGAUGAGUACGGAAAUCCGGGGUACGUCAAUAUUGACCCGUAUUUCGGUGCCAGUGGUCGCAAGAUCAUUCUACGCCCUGGCUGCACAUACUGGAGACAAAACUACCCGAGGGACCUCCCAGACGAAACCGUCGGGUGUCUGAAUGAGGAUGGCCUUGUUGUUCCUGUUUCCGAGGAGAACUGUGCUACAUUCAACUGGAUUCCAGCGACUGGCGAGCUUGAGGACUACUUUACCUCAGUUAUAAGGACAGUCAAGAACAACUACAUCUGUGGUACUGACUAUCGUCUACCUAACGGCGGUUUUGGCCCGGACGGCAGGUGGACAUGCCAAGAAGAAGGAUGGGGUUACGAUCUUGUCGAUGGACCAGAAGGAGACGUUCCCAUCUAUCCUGCGGGAUACACUGGAGGGGUUAUCUCUACACAAAUCUUCACGUGGUGGAUUCAGCACCCUCCUACCAGCACUGCCGACGCGCAGGCUAUGCAGUGGCGUGUUCCCGAUAACCCCUACUCAAACUACACUCUCAAGGAAGGAGAUGGGACCUUCCCAGUUAUCAUGGAGCUAGUAGAAGAGAUUUAGACAUACUCCAGAGGAAUCUUUUGUUGGCGUGUGAUCAACACGAUCUAAGAGAAGUGGGUUGAAACACUCUUGCUUCAAGUUUGCCCAUUCUCAGACCAAUAUAUGGUAUAAUUAAUCUGUCAUAUCUAUAGCUUCUAACUUGACUUGGUAUCUGGCCUGAAUAGACAUAUAUCACCCAAAGCAGUGUAACUUGAUAGCCAGCAACGAUAAAUUUUUCAUUUCU